UAGGCAACACAAUCGUGGUAAGUGGCCCAGUGGCACUCCUCAUAAUUCUUUCAUCUUUUCUGAUAUAGACGCUUCUGUUUCAGUACAGAACCAGGGUAUAGCCGGCGAUGCAGAGAGUUCAAAGAUUCACCCUCUGUCUCUUAACAAUACCCCUCUCUGGAAAAUGCUUUGAAACCUUUACACACACUACAUGUCGGAACAUCCCAGCAAUCCCAUUCAUUCAAACCCUAAAACCCAUAUUCUCAGUCAAGAAUUCAUACCCGAGACCCACCUGCAAUGUUAGCUUGAGAACUCAGAGAAACUACAGUUCUACUUCAACAGCUAGGGCUGGUUGGUUUCUGGGUAUGAGAGAGGAGAAGCAGGAUUUGCCAGAUAUUGUCAAAGCCGGCGACCCGGUUCUUCAUGAACCGGCCCGAGAGGUCUCACCCGAAGAAAUCGAGUCUGAGGGGAUCCAGAAGAUCAUAGAUGAUAUGGUGAAGGUAAUGAGGAAAGCACCUGGGGUUGGUCUUGCUGCUCCUCAGAUUGGUAUCCCGUUGAAGAGAAACUACAGUUCUACUUCAACAGCUAGGGCUGGUUGGUUUCUGGGUAUGAGAGAGGAGAAGCAGGAUUUGCCAGAUAUUGUCAAAGCCGGCGACCCGGUUCUUCAUGAACCGGCCCGAGAGGUCUCACCCGAAGAAAUCGAGUCCGAGGGGAUCCAGAAGAUCAUAGAUGAUAUGGUGAAGGUAAUGAGGAAAGCACCUGGGGUUGGUCUUGCUGCUCCUCAGAUUGGUAUCCCGUUGAAGAUAAUUGUUAUGGAAGACACAAAAGAAUAUAUUAGUUAUUCCACGAAGGAAGAGUCAAAAGCACAGGAUCGGCACCCUUUUGAUCUUUUGGUUAUUCUGAAUCCAAAGCUUAAAAAGAAGGGCAACAAAACUGCUCUGUUUUUUGAAGGAUGCUUGAGUGUUGACGGAUAUAGGGCAGUUGUGGAGCGAUACCUAGAUGUUGAGGUUACGGGUUUUGGUCGAGAUGGACAGCCAAUCAAACUUGUAGCUUCAGGCUGGCAGGCCCGCAUUUUGCAGCAUGAAUGCGAUCAUCUAGAUGGAACUCUCUAUGUUGACAAGAUGGUCUCAAGAACUUUUCGGACUGCAGAGAAUGUGGACUUGCCUCUUGCUGUUGGGUGCCCCAAGCUGGGUGUUCACUAGCUCAUGGGUUAUUUUGUGAUGAACUUAGUAUUUCUUCUAAGGGCAAUAGAGUAUUUUAGAUGCUAGGACAAGUUUUGGAUGAUUGCAGUGGAAAAUUUGUACUCAUCGAAGAUCAUCUCACUUCAUACAGAUUGAGGUGCUACCUUUCGAGACUCAAGAGGACUUCAUUAACUUUCUCUGGCAGAUAGUCUAUACCUAUUCGAGUCCUUAUGAACUUAGUCUGAGUUGCAAGUCAGUGUCCAUUUGGAUCAAGCUCCUCCAUUUUUAACAGUCUCUUUCGUGUAAAGCCACGUCUUUCUUUUACUUGGCAACACCCUCAAAAUAGUGGAUUUAGUAGGCCCAAAUAAACUAGAUUUCUUGUGGAAUGAGAAACUGGGAGCUGCUUCCUUACUUUCAGACUAGUGUUGAUCUUCAGG